CUGGGGCGGCCGGACUCGUGCCCGCGCCUGGCUUCUCCGGUACUCGGUGGUAAUCUGAUCGGCGUCAUCGAGGGAGAUGAGGUGGUAUGCAGAGGGCACUGAAUAUAGUGUACAGGAAGAGGGAGGACUAUAUAGCUAUGCUCUUUUAUGCUCCAUGGUGUCCUUUCUCUAGAAUUUGCCGGCCAAAUUUCCAGGUUUUAUCUUCCUUGUUUCCGACCAUUCGUCAUUUUGCAUUUGAAGAAUCUGUCAUCAGAUCGAGCAUACUCUCUAGGUAUGGUGUUCAUGGUUUCCCAACUCUUUUCCUCUUAAAUUCUACAAUGCGAGUGCGGUAUCGUGGAUCACGAAAUAUUACUUCCCUAGUUGCUUUCUACAAUGAUGUUACAGGUGCUAAUCCCGCGGUGCUAGAUCCAAUACCGGUGGAGAAAAUUGUGGACCCAUCAACUGAUACUGAACUCAAGGAAGAUAAUGAACAAGAAAAUUGCCCAUUCUCAUGGGGAAGGUCACCAGAGAAACUGCUUCAACAGGAUACAUAUCUGGUGCUGGCCUGGUCCUUUGUGCUAAUGAGAUUGCUUUAUAUCCUUCUUCCAAAACUAAAUGCCUGUGUCAAGCGGGCGUGGAGGCGGCAUAUGCAGUAUGCGAGUUUGAUGAGCUUGCAAGAUCGUUCACAGGCUUAUGUUGUGUUUUUCAACAGAUUGAAUCCAUGCAAAAGAGGGAAUUUGCAGGAAGGAGCAAUGAAUGCGAAAGUAUGGGCUUCCAAGUCACUGGCAUCAGUCUCCAUUGGUGAGCCGAGUUCUGGAAGAGCAUACUCUGCAGGCGACAGGAGAUAAAGAUAAUACGGUGUUGCCUUCUCAACAUCGUCCGUGUAGCAGACAGGAUACACUAAACGGAUAUCCAGCUUGUUUUCAUUUUCAAAUUGUGAGGCGUUGCGAUAAUUCUGGCAACAUCCUAUCCUUGGGAUGGAGCUCAUUUAAAGUUCCAACUGUUGACCUUUUCUAUAUCAUAAAUUUUACUACUUAAUGUUAUUGAAGAUAUACCCCUUCUGUCUUGUUGUACUCGCUGUUAGCUGCUGCUCCACUCUGGUUACAUCAAAGUGAUGUAAAAUGCUAUAAAUUAUCAUCAAAAGUUGAUGUAAUAUAAGCAGUCCUUGAUA